CAGAAUAUAAAAGCCUCUGGUCAUGAUUUUAGUUGAACGGCUGCCAGAGAGAGAAAACUUGCAGUGAUGGGCUACCUCUUCUAUUUCUCCACUGAGACAUGGACCCUGCUGGUUGCAUUCAUCACACUGUUCUUUGUGUACACCUACUGGACAUAUGGAACAUUUAGGAAAAUGGGCAUCCCUGGUCCCAAACCAGUCCCAUUUUUUGGCACUAUGCUAGCAUAUAGAAAGGGAAUCCCCAACUUUGACACAGAGUGCUUCAAGAAAUAUGGGAAAAUAUGGGGCAUUUUCGAGGGCCGCCAGCCCAUACUGUGCAUCACAGAUCCUGCUAUGAUCAAAACUAUUCUGAUAAAGGAGUGUUACUCUCUCUUCACCAAUCGCAGAAACUUCCAUCUGAACGGGCCAAUGUAUGAUGCCGUGAGCGUCAGUGAGGAUGACGAGUGGAAGAGGAUCCGCAGUAACCUCUCUCCCUCUUUCACCUCAGGAAAACUGAAAAAGAUGUUUGACAUAAUGAAGGACCACUCUGCUAAACUGGUCAACAGCAUGAAAAAGAAGGCAGACAAGGACGAGCCCUUAGAGCUAAAAGAUUUCUUUGGACCCUACAGUAUGGAUAUCAUAACCAGCACAGCCUUCGGUGUGGACAUAGACUCACUCAACAACCCCUCAGACCCCUUCGUUACCAACAUCAAGAAGAUGAUAAAAUUUGACCUGUUCAACCCUCUCUUGGUGCUUGUUGUUUUCUUCCCUUUUAUGGGUCCUAUUUUUGAGAAGUUGGAGUUUUCCAUUUUCCCUAAGUCUGUCACAGACUUCUUUUAUGCUGCAGUGCAGAAGAUCAAGUCUGACCGAGAGAAGAGCAAACAAAGGAGUCAUAGAGUGGAUUUCCUUCAGCUGAUGCUUGACUCUCAGAAGGACCCCAGUGGAGAAGACAAGGAUAAAGGUUUAAGCGAUCAUGAGAUCCUUUCUCAAGCAAUGACUUUCAUCCUUGCUGGUUACGAACCAACCAGCAACUCUCUCACUUUCUUGGCUUACAAUCUGGCAACAAACCCUCAUGUCAUGAAGCGUCUACAGGAGGAAAUUGACGCCACUUUCCCUAAGAAGGCUCCAGCUGAAUACCAGGCUAUGAUGCAGAUGGAGUAUCUAGAUAGCGUCAUCAACGAGUCUUUCCGAUUGUAUCCCAUUGCUCCACGUCUGGAGCGUGUGACCAAGUCGACUGUGGAGAUAAAUGGCCUUGUGAUUCCAAAAGAUAUGGUUAUCAUGAUACCUACAUGGACCCUGCACCUGGACCCGAGUCUGUGGCCUGAACCAGAGGAGUUCAAACCUGAAAGGUUCAGCAAGCAAAACAAGGAGAGUAUUAAUCCAUACACUUACAUGCCUUUCGGGGCAGGACCAAGGAACUGCAUAGGGACGCGAUUUGCUCUGCUGGUGAUGAAACUGGCAGUGGUGGAGAUCCUCCAGAGAUAUAGCUUCUCUGUGUGUAAGGAGACUGAGGUGCCCUUUGAGAUGGAUGUCCGAGUCUUUCUAGUCCCAAAACGACCAAUCAAACUGAAGCUGGUGCCACGGUCUGAACCUUCAAGCUAAAAAACAAGAAGAUAAAGGAUAAUCAUUUUAAUUAUGUUGUAGACCUCUUGUGAAUUAAAAAAAA